GUUUACGAAAACAUGGCGGGUGGCGGGGCGUGUUUGGCUGAGGACCGGAUAGGGCAAGUGGUGCUGCCGGGGGACGCCCUUCUCCUGCCUGGUCACACUCAGGCGGAAAGCGAGAGGCUGUGUCUUGCCACCAGCGGGCCUCAGAAAGGGCGGCUAGUUUGCGGGCCGGGGCUGAGACGCGGCGGCGAUGGCUUACUCGUCACCAAAUGCGGGCUGCUGCGCUAUCGGGGUCCUGGAGGACCGGCAGGCAGCGGAAGUGGUUCCGGGGGAACUUACUGGGUUGACUCUCAGCAGAGGCGGUAUGUCCCAGUCAAGGGAGAUCAUGUGAUUGGCAUAGUGACCACCAAAGCUGGGGACAUAUUCAAAGUGGAUGUUGGAGGAAGUGAGCAAGCAUCUCUAUCUUAUUUGGCCUUUGAAGGUGCAACCAAAAGGAACAGGCCAAAUGUGCAGGUGGGAGACCUUAUUUAUGGACAAUUCAUUGUUGCCAAUAAAGACAUGGAACCUGAGAUGGUCUGUAUAGACAGCAGCAGCCGGGCAAAUGGAAUGGGAGUUAUUGGACAAGAUGGUUUCUUAUUUAAGGUGUCAUUAGGCUUAAUAAGAAAACUCUUAGCUCUGGAGUGUGAAAUCAUCCAGGAUUUGGGACAACUUUAUCCAUUUGAACUGGUGUUAGGAAUGAAUGGAAGAAUUUGGGUGAGAGCCAAAACAAUUCAACAGACUUUAAUUGUGGCAAGUGUCUUAGAAGCCUGUGAACACAUGACUGCUGAACAGAGGAAGCAAGCCAUUUCCAAACUGUUAGAGAACUAAUGGGAAGGGAAUUCCCCCUCUCCCCAUUUUAUAUUCUCUGUGGAAAUGAUGACCUAGAAAUGCAUUUUUAAUAUUUUUUUACAUGUAAGAUAAUAAAUGUUACAGUUCUAAUGCUUUUAUUUUUAUUCUGCAUGUUUUGCUCUCAACUUCGUUUUGUGACAAACUCUGGUUUGUAGUGUGAUUUUUGGAAAAACAUGCAUACUGCUGAUUUUUAUAAUAGAAUCAAUGGUAUUUGCAAAAUAAAAGAAAGCUCCAUUUU